UCUUCUCGCCUUCCCUGCGCCCGGGAUAGCCCAGGCCGAGGGCAGUGCAGUAGAGAUCUGAGCCUCCAAGAGUGGUGGUCGGCCCUGGACCAGGCUUGCUGAAGACGCUGCCUGCUUCCUACACUUCGCUCCCGGCCCGCGUCCCAGUGGCAGGCGCUCGACUCAAGAUGAAUCUCAACUUCACCUCCCCGCUCCAUCCGGCGUCUUCCCAGAGGCCCACAUCUUUCUUCAUCGAGGACAUCCUGCUGCACAAGCCUAAGCCGCUGAGAGAGGUGGCCCCCGACCAUUUCGCCAGCUCUCUGGCCUCUCGGGUGCCUCUACUAGACUAUGGCUAUCCUCUCAUGCCCACACCCACUCUCCUGGCUCCUCACGCCCAUCACCCUCUGCAUAAGGGAGACCACCACCACCCUUACUUUCUCACUGCCUCGGGCGUGCCGGUCCCCGCGCUGUUCCCGCACCCCCAGCACGCGGAGCUGCCGGGGAAGCACUGCCGCCGCCGCAAAGCUCGCACGGUGUUUUCGGACUCGCAGCUCUCCGGCUUGGAGAAGAGGUUUGAGAUCCAGCGCUACCUGUCCACGCCCGAGCGGGUGGAGCUGGCCACAGCCCUCAGCCUGUCGGAGACGCAGGUGAAGACGUGGUUCCAGAACCGCCGGAUGAAACAUAAAAAGCAGCUGAGGAAAAGUCAAGAUGAGCCCAAAGCGCCGGAGGGGCCCGAGAGCCCCGAGGGCAGCCCCCGCGCACCCGAGGUCGCCGUGGCCGAGGCGCGGCUGGGCCUGCCGGCCGGCUCCUUCGUGCUGACCGAGCCGGAGGACGAGGUGGACAUCGGGGAAGAGGCCGAGCUCAGCUCGGGGCCGCGCGGGCUCUGAGUCUCCGGGCUGGGGUGGGGGAGCCGCGGGGCCCGGCGCGGUGCUCUCCAGGAGCCAGGACUCGGACUGCGGCCUCGGGGCUCAGCUCCUGGAAGACAGCGGACCCCGCGUGUCCACCCUGCAGCCCGCCCGCUCGGAGGCCGACGGCCGCGGCUGCUCCCGGGCUGUCCUCUCCCCGUCCCGGCCGCGGGGCGCCAGCGCCGAGCCCCGGACCUUGCACCCCGCGCGCGCGCGCGCACUUCGCUGGCGGCGGGCUGGGGUCACCGCCACCAACGCAGAACCCGCGUCCCUGCUUCCCGGCCGCACGCCCGCAGCUCGGACGCUCUGCCCUUCCUUGCAGCGGCUCGGUCGGUCGCAGGCCGGGGACCGGGAGUGGCGCCUCCGGCCGGCUGGGGGGACCCAGGCGGACCACGCGCUGAGCCUCGCGACGCCCGCGCCAGGCGCGCUGCGGGCCCCUGACCUCCGCUCUCCGGAGGGCGCUUCCACCUCCCCGGCACAGUCGGUCCCCGCACGGUCCGGGGUGGGAGCCUUUCCCGUCCUUCCUCCUCCGCACGGAGCAGCGCGCGCGCGCAGGGAAAUUUGGGCAGAGAAAAAUCUGUAGAGCAAUUUUCUGCUUCCCGAACUUGUUGCGUUCCUGUCCCGCAACUCUUCCAAGUCCCACGGGCUAUUGAUACUUUGCAAGUGAGUGUUCCUCGGCUUGUGUGUGGAAGUGCUUUUUUACGGGAGUUUUGUUUUGUCUUUUGGUUUUAUUAGCAGGGAUUGAACUCACGACCUUGCGCUUGUGGGGCAGGCACUUACACCACUGAGCUAAAUCUUGGCAAGGGAGCACCGAGUUUUAACAAGGUUAACGCUCUGGGCGCACCCUCCUUGGGACCACUGAGGUAGGGCGGGGGUCUGAUUGCCCUGCGCGGUCACCUUUUGUGUUUUUCCCCCUCCGUGGGAGGUCU